UUUUGGUGCCAAUUUCGAACUUUCGUUUUAUUUACUUCCACAAAAGUAGCUUUUUUAUCAUAAUCAAAAGUAAUUCUGGCCUAAAAUAUGGCUGACUCAACAAUUAAAGACUCUAAGAACCUUUCGAAAACAUUCACAGAAUUGGAAUCGGACGAUUUCAGCCUUGAAACGCCGUCUGAACCGACAGAUUUUUCAAUAUCGCCAGAUGUCAGUGAAGUCCAUGAAAAAAAGAAAUCUGGUCGAAUCACCCGUCAACUACUUGAAAGGAAACAGCUAGCCCAUGAUGUACAGCUUUUAAAGAUUGAGCAAUCCCAAAAGACCUUGUUGAUUGAUAAUUUGAAGGUCGAGCAUAUGCAGAAGAUGGAGGAGAUGGAAGAGAAAUUGACUGAUGCUUUGCACCAGAAACAACUUUUGCAAGCGAGACUAGAAGCACAGAUCAACAUCCAGAAAGAUGAGUCACGGCGCCGUCAAGAUUCCAUCAGACAGGAGAUGGAAACAAUCCUUGACAAACAGCGAAAGCUUGAAGUGGCCAAUCAGAAGUUGUCGGAGAAAGCUGGCCAUGUACGCCAGAGUCUGGCGGGAGAUCUUCUCAUGGAUGAAGAUCAGUAUUUUGAGAUCAGGGAUCAAGAUGAUGCGGAUUUGUCUCUCAAGACGUUUGUUUCUAAAAAGUUGUACGAGGCUGUGAACCCGUUGAAGGUUGAGAAUGAGGCCUUGAGGAGUAAGUACAGACAGAUCAACGAUGAUGUGAGGCAGUUUGGAGAGGAGGUCGACCAGCUUCAGGAGCAACUGUCUACUGAACGACGGGAACAUGGUGAGCUUCAAGUCAAAUAUCAAAAGCUGGUGCUGGAACUUGCAGACACGAAGGGCUUGGUAAAACAUGGCGAAUAUCGCAUUGAAAACUAUGACAGGACUAAAAGUGAACGUGAUGACCUGGACCAGGAACUCCUGGAACUCAAACAGCGAUUUGCUUACUUAGACGCAUCCAAUACAUCAACCACAAGAGAACGAGAUGACUUGCUGAAAGACCUGGCCACCACCAAACAAUCCUUGGCUCUGAUGACCCAAGACAAGGACUACCUCAGUAAACAAGUAGACGAGUUACAUAACAGGCUUUCCUAUAGUGACGAGAGGUUACAUAACGUCACUAACGAGUUGGACUUUACUAAGAAGGCCAGAGAGGAGAUGUAUGAGAAGUACAUCAACUCACGAGAGCAGUACAAGUCUGAGUACGAGUGUAAACUGCAGGAAGAACUUGAGAAGAUCCGAGUUCGUACUAAUGGUGAGAUCGACAGACUCAAGACUGGCACCAGAGAGAUGUACGAGAGGGAAAACAGGAAUCUUCGAGAAGCCAGGGACCUCGCCUUGUCGGAGAAAGACCGGGCGAUUGUGACAGAGAGAGAUGCUGUAAAUAAACAUGACCAGCUUUUGGCUGAUUUUCGUCAACUCCAGAUCAGUGGCGACAAUAGAUCUGCUGAGCUUCAAAACGAUUUGAAGAUCAAGUCAUUUGAGCUGGAGAGAACACAGUUGGUGUAUGAGGAAACGGUUCGAAAUUUGAAAGAAGUACAACUAGAUCAUGAGAAAGUUCAACUCAAGUUUGACGUGCUCACAAAAGAAUUCUACCACUUACAAAAUUCAACUCAGCGUAAAAUCACUGAGUUGGAAACUACUUUGACUGAGAAAGCUCAGAAGUUGGAAACAUAUGAAAAACUGGAACAAGAAUUGGAUGAUGUUGUCAUGCAAGCAGCUGAAAUUGAAAAUGAAGAUGAUGCUGAACGCGUCCUGUUUUCCUACGGUUAUGGCGCUAAUGUACCGAGCACUGCCAAGCGAAGGUUGAAACAGAGUGUACAGCUUGCACGGCGAGUCCUCCAGCUGGAGCGAGCCAACACAUCGCUCAGGAACGAAAUUGAGAGAGAGAAGACUAAGACAAGACAGCUAGGUGAUGAGUUGAAGAACACCAACAACAUCCUUGAUCAAGCUCAGCAGCCUUAUAACUACCUGAUAGAGAGCAUCAGAGUCAGGGACACUCAAGUCCAGCAACAGAAGAAGCACAUUGACACGCUGGAGGAGGAUGUCAGGCAUCUUGAUAAAGACAAGGCCGAGUCCAUGAGAGUUAGGAACCAGAUGGCAGCUGACUUGGAACGACUCCUCAACCAACGGGAGGAGAUGACACUCAUGAAGCAGAUAGUCCUCAACAUGAGCGAUCGGCGCGAACAACCAUCACGAGGACCGAGAACACCGCGUACAAAACCUGCCCAUAGCACAUUUGAUCGUCCAGAGGAGAAUGUGCAGAAACCCGGGGCGCAUAUCUUUAUAAAUAACGAGCAACCGAACUGGUACAAGAAACUUCAACAAAAGACUGAAACACCCAAGUAUGCAAAAGUUUAUGGCGUCUCAUCAUAAUGAAUGGACUUGUGUGAGCCACGCCCAAUUGAUCGAAGAGGGAAAAGCGAUAUCAGUUUCUGAUCUACAUAUUGAACCUUUUAUCAUACAUACAUACAUAACUGUAAAUUUUUAUUGUACUAAAAGAUUUAGAGAUUUUAGGUCUGUAAUUUAGAUUUUAGAGAUGGGCUGAGAACCCAGGUUAGAAUAAUUUUCUGACCGUUAGUAGCAGACAACAAUGCUCUCCUACCAGUAACAAAACCUAAGUAUUGUAACAUUUAACUUGUAAGUUAUGGGCUGUGUAGAAAUGUUAUCGCAAAGGUCGAGCAGGUUUAAAACUCAGUGCAUGGGUUCUGAAGACAGUUUUGUCAGGAAGAUCCAUGUGGGGACGUGGUGUUAGGGUAGGUGCUGGACAUGUUUUUAUUUUUAGAUUGAACUUGAUUUUAAUAGUGAGUAAACUUCUGAUGAUGCCCACUCUUGACACUCAUACUGGAAUAUUUCUGCAGUUCUUGGAUGUUUAAUAGAUUAAUAGAUGGAGUAGAUGCUGGUCAUCCUCUGAUCAGAUUGAUGUACAUGUAAAUAUUUCUUAAGAGAUAUAAACAUUUGUAUCUUCU